AUGGCAUCAUCAAGAAGAGAAGAGCCAGAAGAUUUUGAGACGAAAAACGACAGUAGUGAUAGUGACUUUGAAUGUGACCUGGGAACGCCAAAACCAUUCAAACAAGAUGAUUUAAACGACUUAAUUAGAGAUCUGGGACUAUCAAAGUCAGCUUUAAACAUUUUGGCUUCAAAGCUAAAAGAAAGAAAAUUGGUAACGAAAGAAACUAAAGUUUUUUAUUACCGCACACGAGAACAAAAUUUCCUCAAAUAUUUUGUUGAAGAAGACAAUUUCGUAUUUUGUAAAGAUGUACCUGGAUUGAUGUCUGCAAUGGGAUUACAAAAUUAUGUUUCUAGUGAAAGGCGUUUAUUCAUAGACUCGUCAAAACGGAGUCUAAAAUGUGUUACACAAUAG